UGGCUGGAACGCUGGGAGAGCCGGAAGAGCCGCGCGCAGACAGAGGGAGGACGGGAAGAUCCCGGCGCUCAGGUUUCUGUGUUGGAGCGGCGCAGCGAGCGGACACCGUCCACCGGGGAUAUCCCGCUUGUCAGCCGACUGAAGCUUCGUUCGUGGCAGACGUGUUCUUGGAUCCUGAAGAUGUGGAGGGCCACUGUGGGACAGAAUGUUCAGGUGAACGUAGAGGAUGGAGGGGAUGACUGGGAGACCGACCCCGACUUUGAGAAUGAUGUGUCAGAGAAGGAGCAGCGGUGGGGGGCCAAGACGGUGGCCGGCUCAGGACAUCAGGAGCACAUAGACAUCCACCACCUGCGUGAGACCGUGUCCACAGAGCACACCAGCCUGAAGCAGAAGGAGCUGGACACCAUGCCCAAGGCCUCGCACGGGUAUGGAGGGAAGUUUGGAGUGCAGCAGGACCGCAUGGACAAGUCUGCUGUUGGUCAUGACUACCAGAGCCAGCUGUCCAAGCACUGCUCCCAGACGGACACUUCCAAAGGAUUUGGAGGGAAGUUCGGAGUCCAGGCCGACCGCGUUGACCAGUCUGCUGUGGGCUUCGAGUAUGCUGGAAAAACGGAGAAGCACGCUUCGCAGAAAGACUACUCCACUGGGUUUGGGGGGCGGUACGGAGUGCAGGCGGAUCGCGUGGACAAGAGCGCCGUGGGGUUCGAGUACCAGGGUAAAACUGAGAAACACGACUCUCAGAGAGAUUAUGCAAAGGGUUUUGGAGGCAAGUUUGGUGUUGAGAGUGACAAGGUGGACAAGAGCGCCGUGGGCUUCGAGUACCAGGGUAAAACCGAGAAGCACGAAUCCCAGAAAGACUAUGUGAAGGGCUUUGGAGGCAAGUUUGGUGUGCAGUCGGACAGACAGGACAAGUCUGCGCUGGGCUGGGACCACCAGGAGAAACUUCAGCUGCACGAGUCCCAGAAAGAUUACUCCAAGGGGUUUGGAGGUAAAUUUGGAGUCCAGAACGACCGCAUGGACAAGAGUGCAGGCACCUUCGACGACGUGGAGAAACCCGCCCCAACUUACCAGAAGACCAAACCUGUGGAAGCUGCUGGCAGUAGCACAGGCAGCAUCAAGGCUCGCUUCGAGAACAUCGCCAAGCAGAAGGAGGAGGAGGACAGGAAGAGAGCAGAGGAGGAGCGCGCGCGCCGACAGGCCAAGGAGAAGCAGGAGCAGGAGGAGGCGCGCCGCAAGGUGGAGACCGCCAAGGCUCCAUCUCCUGUGCCUGCAGCCAGUCCAAGUCCCACCCCCAGCCCGACUCCUGCAGAGGCAGCGUUCCAGGACGUGUCUGCAGAGAAUGGUGAGCAGGUGUACGAGGUGGCCACCCAGAACCAGGACGCAGAAGAGAACCUGUACCUCAACCCAGACGAGCCCGCAGCAGCAGACGAUCAGCAGUACGAGUACGGCGAGGAUCUGGGGGUGACCGCUGUGGCUUUGUACGACUACCAAGCAGCUGGUGAUGACGAGAUCUCCUUUGACCCUGAUGACAUCAUCACCAACAUUGAGAUGAUCGAUGAGGGCUGGUGGCGCGGCGUGUGCAGAGGAGCCUACGGCCUCUUCCCUGCCAAUUACGUGGAGGUUCGGCAGUAGGGCGC